CUGGAGUUCAGCACGAUGAAGCACGAUGGGAGCAGAGUGCACGAUGGGAGCAGACUACAAACAGCACAAAUCAUUCACGAAGGAAAGUCUGAAACCUGAUCUCCAAUCGAGGUAAUUGUUCCACGACUACUAUUCACGUGUUUGCCUGACUUGUGAUCGUGUUCCUGAGUUUAAAGGUGCCCUGGUACUCGCGGUGAAACCAGUUGUCAACUUUCAUCAUGGGAUGGAAACUAGCGGCCAUCGUACUCCUUCUAGGGCUAGGCAUCGCCUACAUGAGUGGUCUCUUUAGCUCGCCACCUGAUCCGCCAGAAAUUGGCGAUGGAUGGUGGGGACGAGGUGACAAGCCUAAGAAAGAGGAGAAUACGUCAGUUAAUAGAUUUAACAUUCAUUUCCCAGACGCGGACUUGGCAAAUCUGAAAGAGCGCCUCAGGGUAACUCGAUGGUUCGAGAGCGUUGAAGGCACCAAGUUUCACUUCGGUAUCAAGCCGGAGUAUAUGAAGAAAAUAGCGGACUACUGGCUGAACAAAUAUGACUGGCGCAAAAAAGAGCAAGAGCUGAACCAGUAUCAAAGUUACAAGACAAAAAUCGAGGGAAUCGACAUCCACUUCGUGCGAGCCGUGCCGAGACUGAAAGUGGGACAGAAGGCUAAGCCCAUUCUAAUGGUCCACGGCUGGCCCGGCUCCUUCUACGAGUUCUACAAGAUAAUUCCCAUGCUGAUCGACCCCACUCGUCAUGGAGGGACCGAGGAUGAUAUCUUCGAGGUCAUUGUUCCUUCUUUGCCUGGUUAUGGCUUCUCUGAGGCUGCUCACAAACAAGGUUUAAAUGCCAGGGCCGCCGGCCGUAUAUUCCACAAGCUUAUGACCCGUCUUGGAUUCGACAGCUACUACGUCCAGGGUGGUGACUGGGGCGCUAUGGUAACGGACCAAAUGGCAGGCAUGUUCCCAAGUCACGUCCGCGGCAUCCAUGUGAACAUGAUAGUCACCCAGCCGCCUGUGAGUCAGAUGAUCCUGGGCAGCCUGUUCCCCUCCCUGGUACUGGAGAGCGAAGGAUACGCCAGGUCGCUGCCGAGCUGGGAAUACCUGAAAUUUUGGCUGAAGGAGACAGGGUAUGCGCAUAUACAAGGCACCAAGCCGGACACAGUCGGUCACGCCCUGACCGAUUCCCCAGUCGGACUAGCCGCCUACAUCAUCGAAAAGUUCUCGUCCUGGACAAAUUACGCCUGGCUUGACUUUGAUGACGGCGGGCUCGAUGCUCAUUGGUCCAAAGACGACCUGUUAACUAAUGUCAUGAUUUAUUGGGUUUCUGGAUGUAUUACGUCCUCCAUGCGCUUGUACAAAGAGACGAUACAGUUUUCUGGCUCGCUCAGCAAAUUCUUAAACACCGUGCCCGCCGGUUUGGCGGAUCUGCCGAACGAGUUGACGCGAGCACAGAAAAACUGGGCGUCCCAACACUACACAGAUAUUGUCUCCUACAUGACUUACCCAACGGGUGGCCACUUCGCUGCCUUCGAGGUACCAGACCUACUCGCCAAGGACUUGCGGCAAUUCGUGCAAAAGGUGGAACAUCGUCUUCUUAACAAACCAAAGUAAUCGGUGGUGUGAAUGAUAGAGUCUUUUUAUUGGAAUACUGGGAAGGCAGGGUGAUAUCACAUGCUACCAUCUUUCUUUAUACACACAAACGUAAAGCGCGCUCACUUACGGGCGCAGUACUGACUAACCAGAAAUGCGCCCAAUAAAGCGAAUGAACACGGAAUACACUGGGGGUAGUUCCAAGAUACGAGCAAGUUUUGCUCUUGCCACCUUCUUGAUGACUUUUAUUUUGGUAUUCUUCAAGCGACUUUGGAAAAGAUUUAGUUUUAAAAAAGGCUCUUUAAGAUUUACGCCAUUUUGCAAUAAUUCAUCGCAGUGUGCAAAAUUAUUCCCCCUAACCUUAAGGGAGUAUGCACAAUCGUAUUGAUAUUGGACGAGUAUUAGGGUGAAUGAAUGAAACCUCUGUUUAUCGUUAUCAACAAUGAGUGAAGAUGUUUGUCAAAGUGACGAUUAAAGUGCGACUUAUAAAAACGAGUUAAACUUAUGCUCAUCGCUGUCAACAAUGAGGAAAGGGCUUGUUCAAAUGAAGUGUAACGUUCAGAUCGUGUGGGUUGAGAUGCUGAUAGAGGCAGGGAGCUUCACCCUUUUUUGUUCAUGUAUGAAUUGGUUACAGAUAUUUCAAGGCCUUAAUUAGAGAAGUGUGGCAUCUUCAUACAAGCAGAAAGCUUUACACCAGCUUAGUUUUUCAGCAUCAUGCUGACAAGAUUUACCUGGCUGCUAGUUGCAAUUGUUUUCGUUUAUGCUAGGUUUGAUGCUUUGCCGCAGCGUUCAGCAGUUAUUUUUUUUCGCCGUCAGCUCUUAAUUAAAUUUAUGGGAUUACAGAUUCGUGCGUAUUGGGUAUACAGGUUGUGGUAACAGAUGUGUCUAUGGCAAUGGAUUCAGCUGCUGUAAUAAAGCCUGACGUAUUAUAACUGACACUGCUGAAGUUGUCAUAUGCAGACACCAUAUGCAGCAAGGUAUGAGACAGAGAGACCCCCCCCCUGCUUUGUGUUGGUCAUUGUCAUGCAGGACUCUGGGG